UCGGCGUAGUCCGCGGUGGUGGCGGAGGUGGCGGUACCCAGCCCUCCCUCCGCGACUUGUCACCUUGGCUCUGGAGCAGUCGCACUGAGGCAGAAAUGCCGCUGUCGGACCGGGCCCUGCUCUUGCUAGGCCUGGUCCUGGGCUCUUUCUGCACCCCUCUAGGAUCCGUGGCUCCAGGCAACAAUUCCAAAGAUGCUCUGAAUGUCCUUCUAAUCAUUGUGGAUGACCUGCGUCUCUCCCUGGGUUGUUAUGGGGACAAGCUCAUAAGGUCUCCAAACAUCGACCAAUUGGCAUCCCACAGUCUCCUCUUCCAGAAUGCCUUUGCCCAGCAAGCAGUGUGUGCCCCGAGCCGAGUUUCCUUCCUCACAGGGAGGAGACCUGACACCACCCGACUGUAUGACUUCAACUCCUAUUGGAGAGUGCAGGCUGGAAACUUCUCCACUAUCCCCCAGUACUUCAAAGAGAAUGGCUACGUGACCAUGUCGGUUGGAAAAGUCUUUCACCCAGGAAUAUCUUCUAAUCAUAGUGAUGAUUUUCCAUAUAGCUGGUCGGUUCUACCUUAUCAUCCCUCCUCUGAAAAGUAUGAAAAUACUAAGACAUGUAGAGGGCCAGAUGGAGAACUCCAUGCCAACCUGAUUUGCCCUGUGGAUGUGGCAGAUAUACCCGAGGGUACCUUGCCUGAUAAACAGAGCACCAAGAAAGCCAUACGAUUGUUGGAAAAAAUGAAAACAUCUGUCAGUCCUUUUUUCCUGGCUGUUGGGUAUCACAAGCCACACAUCCCCUUCAGAUAUCCCAAGGAGUUUCAGAAAUUGUAUCCCUUGGAGAACAUCACCCUGGCUCCUGAUCCCCAGGUCCCUCUUGGCCUCCCUCCUGUAGCCUAUAACCCCUGGAUGGACAUCAGGCAGCGGGAGGACGUCGAAGCUCUAAAUCUCAGUGUGCCCUAUGGCUCAAUUCCUGUGGACUUUCAGAGGAAAAUACGUCAGAGCUACUUUGCCUCUGUUUCCUACAUGGAUACACAGGUUGGCCACCUUUUGAGUGCUUUGGAUGACCUUCAGCUGGCCAACAGCACUAUUGUUGCAUUUACCUCAGAUCACGGGUGGGCUCUAGGCGAACAUGGAGAAUGGGCCAAAUACAGCAAUUUUGAUGUCACUACUCAUGUUCCCUUGAUGUUCUAUGUUCCCGGAAGGACGGCUCCGCUUCCGGAGGCAGGCGAGAAGCUUUUCCGUUACAUCGACCCUUUUGAUUCCAUCUCAGAAUUGAUGGAGCCAGGACGGCAAGUCAAGGAUCUCGUGGAACUUGUCUCUCUCUUUCCCACACUCGCAGGACUUGCAGGAUUACAUGUUCCACCUCGCUGCCCCAGUCCCUCAUUUCAUGUGGAGCUGUGCCGAGAAGGCCAGAGCCUUCUGAAGCAUUUUCGAUUUCAUGACUUGGAAGAGGAUCUGACUCUCCGUGGUAAUCCCCGUGAGUCCAUUGCCUAUAGCCAGUACCCCCGGCCUGCAGACUAUCCUCAGUGGAAUUCUGACAAGCCAAGUUUAAAAGAUAUAAGAGUCAUGGGAUAUUCCAUACGCACAAUAGACUACAGGUAUACUGUGUGGGUUGGCUUUAAUCCCCAUGAAUUUUUGGCUAAUUUUUCUGAUGUCCAUGCAGGGGAACUGUACUUUGUAGAUUCUGACCCUUUGCAGGAUCAUAACAUGUAUAAUGACACCCAAGGUGGAGAUCUUCCCCAAUCAUUGACACCUUGAGUUGUG